AUGUCGGGGUCACCGUGGAAGCGCGUUGCCUGGCAGAAAAACAUGGCCACGCUCGCCAAGAUUCCACUGGUUGACGCAAUAGAGCAAGCGGAGAACCUUGAUAGACAAUUGAAGGAGACUGGAGAAUUCGCGGGUCCCAUGCACGGUGUUCCCGUGAGUUUGAAAGAUCAAUUCCAUGUCAAGUAUGCCGAAACCACCAUUGGGUACGUAAGUUGGGUAGGCACCUUUGAAGGAGCUCAAGGGACAGGAAGGGAGUUUCACGACCAGAGCCAGCUAGUGGAAGAGUUGCACAGCCUCGGUGCCGUUCUGUAUUGCAAGGUUAUCGAGUGGGAGCCACCGUCGCAUGAAGAAGCUUUGGCCUUGCAUGACAUCAUUCUGGACAUUGACGGCGGCGACGAUGUCUGGCGCCAGCUGAACAUUUUGCAUGAACCUGUGAUUCCCCAGGUUUCGGAGCGCUUUGGAAACGGGCCAAAAGACCCUGUUCCAACUCUUGAGCUUCUCGACAUUGUUUUGAAGCACAAGGCGUAUGUAGCCAGAUAUCUAGAGUACUGGGCUUCGACCGUCAAGCACACGGGAACCGGACGAGCCGUCGAUGCUGUAAUUUUGCCCGUCGCUCCACAUGCGGCCGUCAUUCCUGGCGAUGCGGUGCUGCCAGUCACCAAAGCAGACAAGAAUGUCGACGUAGCUCACGGUGACUUCAAGCCUUUGACCCCUAAGGAUGAGGUCAAUUGGAGAGCGUACACAUAUGACGGUGCCCCGGUUUGCGUUCAAUUGAUGGGUCGAAAGUUCGAAGAGGAGCGAAUCUUGGGUAUUGCAAUGAGGGUGGAGGAGCUCUUCAGGAAGUUGACCAAGUGGGUUGUAUCCGCAUUGAUUGUAGAUAAUUGA